AACGAGACUGUACGCGAACCCUACUUACCAUAAUCGGGAACGCACGUCGGAACCGCAGGAGAAAGCAAAUCAGCGGGGAAAUGGAGGCGAGCGCGAGUAGCGAAUCGGUGGAGACGGCGUUGAUCGCCGCCCUUAACUCGAGGGGAUGGCGAUUUGCGGAGGAGAACGAGGAAAUCAGAGCUCUAAUUCGAAGUCGCCAGACCGCCGAGUCCGUGCAAUCGGAGCUCUUGAAUAUGGACAUGAGGUCAUUCGGCGGGAAGAUGCUUCCCGAUCCUUCUUCGCUCAAGAAACUGAACAAUUUAUCAGGCCCCAUGGUCUUGCAGAUAGUUUCUACCAGAGAUAUACACCGUAGCAGCAUUGAUGCUUCAUUCAAGACAACAUAUUAUGAUCGCCGUCUCCUCCGGUUCUGUCUAACAGAUGGGCACUCAGAAGUAAUAGCAAUAGAGUAUGCUCCAAUUUCAACUAUCAGUGAAGAGUUAAUCCCUGGUACUAAGAUUCGUAUGGAGAAAAGAAUACCCGUUCACAGUGGUAUACUAUGCUUAGAACCUGAUUCGAUACUUGUGAUGGGAGGUCUAGUGCAAUCUCUCCAUGAUGAAUGGCAGAUUAGUCGGAAAUAUUCAGGUUUCUCCAGAUCAUCACUCAAGUUGUCUCAGACUGAUGAUGGUACUGGUCCUCCUCCAUUUGAAAAGUUACAAAUUGCAGAAUAUGGGAGAUCUGCACAGCCACGUAAACUUCAUGUUUCUGACGAAAGACAAAGACAAGGAAAUCUAAGCCGUCAGACAGAUAGAAGGGACCUUAGCCAUGCAGAGGUAGAUAAAAUGGUAAAGAAUCCAGAAACAGGUGGAACUGAGAAUAAACCUAGUAGUUCAGAGACCAGACCAAAAGAAGUGAGUGAAGCUGUUCCAGUUCAAAACCAAGCUGCUGCACAGAAGCUUCUUCAAAAAAUGAACCAACCUGAUAACAAAGAAACGAAUCCAAGAUUUCGUAAACACAAAUUCAAAGCAAAGCAGGAGGAAGCUGUUGUCUUCACUUUAGAUGAAUGGGAAAGGACAAAAGGUAUGAAGCUGAAUCCCAUGCACAAUACUGGAAUGCAGGAUACAAUCCAUGAUGAGGAGCUUGCUCAACAGCUGCAGGACCAAUUAGAUUUUGAAGAUUCUUAUGCAAAAACUGGAGAUUCAGAAGCCGAACAGAUUAGGAGGAGCAUGUUUAGCUUUAGCGGUGCCGAAGACAUGAGUGAUGGAAGAAGGGAGUUUAGAGGACGGGGAAGAGGGAGAGGGAGAGGGAGAGGGAGAGGCAGGGGAAGAAGAUUUGGUUAACCUCCUAUUUCAUGGUAAUUUGAUUAUAGUAGAACUGAGGGAGUUUAUCGAACACAAUUAUCGAAGUAUUUGUAGUUAUUCCUAUUCUGUCAAGGACUUUGCGCAUCGUAACUGGCCGGCUUGUAUUGAUUGUUAGUUAGGCUGUGGGGUUUUGCAUUUGAUUUUGUAGACAAUGCCUGCUGUUCACCUGCCUGCUUUGAGGUUGACUAGGGUUGUGCAUAUCGAAGAGCUGCUAUGAUAAAAUUAGCAGAUCAUUGAUGCUUUUAACAUCAGGUUCCUCUACUAUAUCAGCUGCAUUGUUUUGAAAUUUUUCUGUUGUAUACAUCAACUAAGGAUCUAGUUUGACUUAAAUUGUUUGAGUUGGCCUUGUAUUAUCUUUUGGUCCAUCAUAAUGGUCGAUUGAUAAUCAAUCAUCAUAAUGAUUAUCAGCUUCCUUUGUUUCCGAAAGCCCUCUAUGGUAUCAACAAUAUGAAUUAUUGAACCAGAAUUAAUCGACCAAGUGCUACGAGGAGCAUUAACAAUAGAGAUUCAUGACUAUUUUUAUCAUGUAUAAUAAAGUAAAGCCCUUAAACAAUCGUUCAUGUAUCAUUUCUUUUUGCAAAAGUACUUUGUUGUUGUUAA